AUGGAUUUAUUCGAGAUGGAAAAUUUACAUCACGGACUUGUUCGUGCAAUUCGGCGUACGACAGCGCAUGUGUAUAGGAAACCUUCUGGCAAGAAUGGAACUAUUCUUAUUUAUCUCAAAUUUAAUCCCGCACAGUUUGGGCCCGAGAGGUUUAUUCGGGAUGAAAAAUCCGUGAUCACAGACAUAUUUAUGCAAUUCGGCGUAGGACAGCGCAUGUGUAUAAGAAACCUUCUGGCAAGAAUGGAACUAUUCUUAUUUAUCUCAAAUUUAAUGAUUUUUAAAUUAAACCUUCAAACCUUCACCACCACGGACAUGUCCAUGCCAUUCGGUAUCGGACAGCGCAUGUGUAUAGGAAACCUUCUGGCAAGAAUGGAACUAUUUUUAUUAUUCCCAAAUUUAAUGUCGCACUUGCAACCUAUAUAUAAUAUAAUAUAUAUACAUAUUAUAUUAUAUAUAUUUAUGGAGCCCGAACAGUUUAGGGCUGAAAGGUUUAUUAGGGAUGAAAAAUCCGUUAUCACAGACAUAUUCAUGCAAUUUGGCAUAGAACAGCGCAUGUGUGUAAGAAACCUUCUGGCAAGAAUGGGACUAUUUUAUUAUUCUCAAAUUAAGCGAGAACAUUUUAAGCCUGAUGGAUUUAUCCGAGGUGGAAAAUUUACCAUCACGGACUUGUUCGUGCAAUUCGGCGUACGACAGCGCAUGUGUAUAGGAAACCUUCUGGCAAGAAUGGAACUAUUCUUAUUUAUCUCAAAUUUAAUUAUGGAGCCCGAAAAGUUUGGGGCCGAGAGGUUUAUUCGGGAUGAAAAAUCCGUGAUCACAGACAUAUUCAUCACCACGGACAUGUCCAUGCCAUUCGGUAUCGGACAGCGGAUGUGUAUAGGAAACCUUCUGGCAAGAAUGGAACUAUUUUUAUUAUUCCCAAAUUUAAUCACCGGGUAUGAAAGGGCCUUAUAUAUAUAUAUUAUAUUAUAUAUAUUUAUGGAGCCCGAACAGUUUAGGGCUGAAAGGUUUAUUAGGGAUGAAAAAUCCGUUAUCACAGACAUAUUCAUGCAAUUUGGCAUAGAACAGCGCAUGUGUGUAAGAAACCUUCUGGCAAGAAUGGGACUAUUUUUAUUAUUCUCAAAUUUAAUGAAUAAUUAA